GGCCCGAUGUUCCACUGGGGCAAGUGGAAAAAGAGGAUGGGAGCGAGCGCCUCCUCCUCCAAGAGACCCGUGUUCGACGAGCGGGAGGACGUGAACUUUGACCACUUCCAGAUUCUCCGGGCGAUUGGGAAGGGAAGCUUUGGCAAGGUGUGCAUUGUGCAGAAGAGAGACACUGAGAAGAUGUAUGCCAUGAAGUACAUGAACAAGCAGCAGUGCAUCGAGAGGGACGAGGUCCGCAAUGUGUUCCGGGAGCUGGAGAUCCUGCAGGAGAUUGAGCACGUGUUCCUGGUGAACCUCUGGUACUCCUUCCAGGACGAGGAGGACAUGUUCAUGGUGGUGGACCUGCUGCUCGGCGGGGACCUGCGCUACCACCUGCAGCAGAACGUGCAGUUCACGGAGGAGACGGUCAGGCUGUACCUCUGUGAGAUGGCCCUGGCGCUGGACUACCUGCGCAGCCAGCACAUCAUUCACAGAGAUGUAAAACCAGACAACAUUCUCCUGGAUGAGCAAGGUCACGCACACUUAACAGAUUUUAAUAUUGCAACAAUAAUUAGGGAUGGUGAAAGAGCAACUGCGCUAGCUGGAACAAAGCCAUACAUGGCUCCGGAGAUUUUCCAUUCCUUCCUGAGUGGUGGCACGGGUUACUCCUUCGAAGUGGAUUGGUGGUCACUGGGAAUCAUGGCUUACGAGCUCCUCCGUGGCUGGAGGCCGUAUGACAUCCACUCCAGCAACCCGGUGGAGUCCCUGGUGCAGCUGUUCAGCACCGUCAGCGUUCAGUACUCAUCCACGUGGUCAAAGGAGAUGGUUGCUCUGCUGCGAAAGCUGCUGACGGUGAACCCCGAGCACCGCUUCUCCUGCCUGGCCGACAUCCAGACAUCAGCAUAUCUCUCUGCCGUGCCCUGGGGCGAUGUCUGCCAGAAGCGCCUGGAGCCGGGCUUUGUCCCCAACAAGGGCCGCCUGCACUGCGACCCCACCUUCGAGCUGGAGGAGAUGAUCCUGGAGUCCAGGCCCCUGCACAAGAAGAAGAAGAGGCUGGCGAAGAACAAAUCACGGGACAACAGCAAGGACAGCUCGCAGUCUGAAAAUGACUAUCUCCAGGAAUGCCUUGAAGCUAUCCAGCAAGACUUUGUCAUCUUUAACAGAGAGAAGCUGAAGAAGAGCCAGGAGCAGACCGGCGAGUCCACGUCUGCCCCCGAGAGCACCACUGAGGCUGAGACUGAGGCUGAGGCUGAGCCCUCCAACCUGAGCAUGUGCAGCUCCGUGUGCUCCUCGGCGGGCAGCAGCUAAGCUGAGGCCGCCCUGCUGCCGCCCACUGCCGCCUGCCCUGGGUUGCACUGAGUGCCUCUGGCAGUGCCCUGCGGCACCUGGCACAGCAGCUCAUCCUGCAGCGUUGUAGCAAAACAGUUCUCACAGAGCUGAGCUCUGGAUUUACACAGGCACCAGUUCCACUCACUGAGGUGCUGCCGUGGGUAAGGAUACUCGCUAUGCAACUUGUCGGAGGAAGGAGACUUAUUUCAUUACUUGUUCUUUUAUAAUGUCAGAUUGCUGUUUUAAUGCAGUGCGAUGGCAACGUGAGAAGUUACAUCUCCAAGAUGGGAAGCCAGCAGGAGGAAAGCUGGAUGGGUGGCUCACGCUGUAUGAGGCACCGCUGCUAGCGAGGGCUGCGUGGGGCCGAGUGCUCCCACUGUGAGCUGGGGCUGCCCCUGCUGCAGCCACAUCUGGAGCAGGAUGGCCCUGCAGCUCAGGGAUGGCGUAGGCAAACUGUUGUCCCCUCACCACUGCCAGAGUGUCCUUCCCGACUUGGGGUAAAUAAAUGUUCUUUGUGCA